UCUCUAAGCUGCCGACAGCUGCUGCAAUAAUCGAUCAAGCAGCUUCUUCCUUCCUACCAUGGAUGACAUGGAUGCCGACUACGAUCACUACUGGGACACCAAGUUGUUCCUGGACGGCGAAGAACUCAAUAGCUGGGGUGGACUUGACGAACAUUUAUCCUCCUAUGACUCGAGCUCGCCGGAAUGUGCCACCUCCCCUUCCUCGUCCUCUGCAGCAGCAAAGAACAUUGUCAUGGAGAGGAACCGCCGCAAGAAGCUCAAUGAGAGGCUCUAUGCUCUCCGCAGCGUUGUUCCAAAUAUCACCAAGAUGGACAAGGCGUCGAUCGUUAAAGACGCGAUUGAGUACAUACAGCAGCUGCAGAAGGAGGAGAAAAAAUUGGUGGCAGAGGUUGGAGAGAUGGAGUCAUGCCAUAGAUCAGGAGGAAAGAUAAUCAGUUCCUCCAUUAGCGAUGAAAUUGUGAGGAAGAAGAGGAAGACAUCACCAAGCUCACCUGGCGGACGACCAAUCGAUGCCAUGGAGCUGAGCGUGUGUGCGGUGGGAGAAAGGACUUUGGCUGUGAGCAUCAGUUGCAGCAGGAAGAGACACGCAAUGAUGAAAGUUUGUGAGAUUUUUGAGUCUCUCAAUGUCAAGAUCAUCACCGCCAGCUUCACCUCUGUCUCUGGCAGUCUCCUUCACACUCUCUUCAUUGAGACUAAUGAGGAGACCAAUGGCGAGGCAUUGAAGGAGAAGAUAGAAAUGGCUAUUGCUGAAAUUAAUGUUCCGAGAAGCCCAAUGAGUGGCGUGAGCCUUUGAACAAUGAGCAUUUGAAUGAUUAGGUAGUUAGUCCUCUGAGCAAUUGCUGUUGCGGCCGGUACUUGGUGCUGUUUUUGUUUUCCACUUCUAUUUACUAUGUCUAUGUAUUAUGUAUUAAUGAACGGCUGCUGCUUGCUUUGUUAGGCUAUAUAUUAGUCCAUCAUUCAUAUUCAUUUUUUCCCGGGAAUGAACCUACCUAUGUUGUAACUUAAGAAUUUU